AUGUUUCUUAAGUUUAGUCGAUUUCACCAGGUUGUCACUCGAGUUGGACAACCAAGCAGACGUUUUAUUGCAUCUCAGUGUAGCCAGCUGACAAAUGGCGUGCUGUACGAAGAGUUUCGUUUGAAUUCUGGGAUAGAGGAGCCGACGGUAGCUAUAAUUGGUGGAGGCAUAUGUGGUCUAUCAGCGGCUGCCGAAUUGGCCAAAAAAGGGUUUAAAAAGUUCAAAGUUUUUGAGGCACUUGAACGGGCGGGUGGCAGGAUCAGUUCAAUUGUGCACGACAAUCGAGUGUUUGAACUGGGCGCUCGAUGGGUUGACGACGGUUUGCUAUCCUGGCCGCUUGGCAUGGCUUGCGAACAAGGUCUGUUAAAAGAGUAUGAGAAACGGAAAUACUUCUCAGAAGCCCAAUACUUAACACACGACGGUCGGGUUGUGAAUGAACUCAUUGGCUCACAGGCUUUAGACGCGUUUCGCAGUAUCUUGGAUCAAAAAGGAUCGUCGCAAGUCAACAGUUGUCAUUGGAAGGGAUCCUCGUUACUAAGCUAUAUACAAGAACGGACGAAGGAGUUCAUAGCUACGGCACCGGUUGAGUCCCAAGCCGACAUGUCCAAUGCGAUGACCGCUCUGACCGAAGGUUUCAGCAACGAGUGCGCUGCAGAUCUAAGCGAAGUGGACGUCGGUAAGUUCAGCGACGGACGUGACUUUGUCGAUCGCAUCAGCGUGCCGUCAGGGAUAGUCAAUAUUCUACAGAUGUUUUGGGAAAGGGUAGACAAAAACGUUGAGUUAUGCUCGCCCGUGGAAAAAGUCGAGUGGGACCCGAGUAAGAUAUCAGAACGCCGUUGUCUGGUACACGUAUCGGGUAAAAAUCCCGUGGAAGCCCAUUACGUGCUCGUCACCGUGCCUUUGGGGGUCCUAAAAAAAGGCUUGAGUUUCUCGCCGUGCUUGCCGAAUGAAAAAUGCGAGGCCAUCGAAAUGUUGGGAUUCGGACAUUUGAAUAACCUUUACCUGGAGUACAAUAGGCCUUUCUGGGACGACAACCUCGGGACGAUUCGGUUAUCAGGAGCAGGUAUGAACUCCAAACAGCGGUUCAAGGAUUGGGGCAGUUCGUUCAGCCACUUCGAACAAAUGCCGGGCGCUCGCAACGUCUUAGUCACUCAGCUGGCUGGAUUGGCGGCUUGUCAGUCGGAACAUGUUACUGAAGAAGACAUAGCCAAACAAGUCACCAGAGUGUUGCGACACUACACUGGCAACAGCACGAUUCCAUACCCUUCAAACGUUAUCAGGUCGAAAUGGACGAACAACCCGUUUUUCAGAGGAGCAUACAGCUUUAACAGACCGGGGUACGAUUCCAAGAUGCUACGGGAAACCUUAGGACAACCUGUUCCGGACGUGGACAAAGCAACGUGUCCGCCAGUUCUAUUUUUCGCCGGAGAGGCUUGUUCAACGGGUCACUAUGGCACCAUUCAAGGAGCUAUACUGUCGGGUUAUGAACAGGUGCGCAGGAUCAUCGAAUUAACCAUGAAAUACAACGGUUUGCCAAAACUUGUAGUUUAA